CUGCAAUCCAAUUCGGAACGUUCAAUAGAUGAUGAUAAGAAAUUCGCCGUUUCGAUCGAUGUGUCACAUUUUAAGCCAGAAGAACUAAAAGUGAAUCUGGAUGGUAAAGUGCUGACGGUCGAAGGCAAGCAGGAAUGUAAAAACGACAACAGUUAUAUGCAGAACUACGGAUUCAGAUCAUUUGUGCGUUCUUGGACUCUUCCGAAUGACGUGGACACAGAUGCAAUACAGACGGAGUUAAACGAUCAGGGCAAACUGACCAUUGAAGCACCAAAGAACGGGGCCACCCGUUGGUAUUUCUUCAGUUUUCGUGCAGUGUUCUAA